CACAGAUCAGUGUGUCGGCGUCUGCAGGAGCUUACAGGGCAAGAGUUCACCGGUCUGUCGCUAACUCCGGGAGUUUCUCUCAGUUUCUCUCAGUUUCAUGAUAGCUGACGAAGUUUAGAGACAUAAAAAAAAGCUCAAAGACAUGACAACUGCGAAGGAGUCGCUCUCCGCAACAUAACUGCAGCCUUACUCAUGGAUAUAAUAAGUUAAGCCCGUGAAACACACUGUGAGAGAGGCGGUGGGUUUUAUGUUGGCUUCAUACGGACAGGCGACGACGACGAUGCCCAUUUAAACGGGGGGAACGCUUUCUGCGGGUGUUUGAGAGAGAGGCCCGAGACAUGAUGUCCAUUGGAGCUGAUAGCUGACACUGUAGAAUGAGAGAGGAUGGAACAGACAGACAACCCUGCCCCUGUGAGCAACAACCCUAAUGGGUUUGUCAACCGAGUGUUUAAUGUUUCUCUGGACGUGGAGAAUGAGACCAGCAGUGUUUAUAUUCAGGAGACUGGACCAGGGCCUGCAGAGGGGCAGGGGGAGACCCAGGCUGCCUCUUCUCAGACCCCUGUCAAGGACAGACAGGAGGUCAACCGGAGACCCCGUGCCACGGGGGGCAUCUGGAAGAUCUUGAACCGAAAGAGAGGUGCCACGGAGCUGGAGCGCAGACCCCACUCCAUGAUCCUGCCUGGGGAGGCUUCAAUCCCUAAACUCUCGUUUGCUGACAAAGUUCGCUCCUUCAAGAAGCUUAAAUCCCCCUCUGUGUUUAGAGGGAAGACGGGGAAAUUGUCCAAUGCCAAGUUCAGCAGCUCCUUAGUGGAUGAGGAAUCGUUCUGCCGCGACAUUGGCACUCCUCAGCAGUCCAGCAGGAGCACGCUUAGGCACCGUGGCAAGAGGCACUCCUAUGCUGGCUACACAGCAGAAUUUGACUGCUCGUUCGAAGACAUCGACCUCGCAGCGCCUAUAGACGGCCACCAGCCCGCUGUGGUGGGAGAGGCUGUGACUCAGAAUGGUUGUAAACCAUCAGAAAGAGUUUGCUAUACGAAAAGAAGCCAUAACAAUUCAACCAACUGUAACAACACAGCUGCAGGCUGUGAAGAGCCUAGCAGUAAAGGUAGCCCGAGCACCCACCAGGGUAGAGGGAGGAGGCAAAAAGAUGUGUGGAGUUACCUGAGGAGGAUUUCCCUUUUGGGGAAGGCCAAUCCAGUCUUCUCAGAGAGGAGCUUUGACUCUGAGCUUCCCUCUUUGGACAAGACCAUGGACUCAGACUAUGGUUCCGUAGAGUUUGAGAGCGUCAGAGACAUUCACUCACCGCCCCCAAAACACUCUGACACCAAGGGGCACUUUGGUGGUCUGUUCAAGUUUUUUAACAGUGUAGCAGAGACAGCCAGAAAAUGGCGGACAACAUCACACUCCUUCUCUCCUCCAGAGGGAGAGAGGACGCCGAUGAGCUCCCCACGGGCCCCACAACCCACAGAGGACAACAUUCACAGUGUGUCCCUGACACUUCACAAUGAAGGACUUCCAAAAUCCCAGCAUAUUCCAUCAUCACCAGUGACCGCUAUAUCCUCACACCCCAGUAGCCUUGACAGCGAGGCGCCAGCACCUGUGACAGGUGGACGAUCCCCUAAGGUGGUCCUGAGAGCCUUUAGGGCAUGCCCAGGAGCUCGAGCUGUCAAUGGCCUUCAGAGCUCUGAGGGCACUGACAAACAUGUAGACAGAGAGACAAACCACAGGUCCACAGCCAUAGUAGAGAAUCAUAUCCCCCAGUCAGGUCCAACCACAGAGACUAAAACAGAAGCAGAGGUUGAAAGGGAUCCAUUAAACUGUCUCUGUCUAGAGGAAAAGGUAGAGGGACAGACAGGAAAUGAACAGGAUUCCAGGGAUGCUCCACCUGACUCCCACCAGAUACAGGAAGUGAAUGUCCAAUCACAACAAGGUGAUAAAGAGAGCACAACCAAUAGCGUACCAGCAUCAGAUUCCACAGAGGAAAUAUUUAAGCUGUGCGAGCAGAUUGCCAGCCAGACAGGCUGCGGUGUAAGACAGCCGUGCCCAGCCGUGCCCCACUCUAGCACAGAGAAGACCUCUGUACCUCACAGGACCUCGCGCCCUCGUCUUCGACCGGCCUCAGCUGUACUGGACCUGUGGAGGCCCAACCCGGACUGGGAUCUCUACAACCAUUAUAGCGAGGUUGGCUCGCUGUGCCGGCGGAGACGCAGGCCUGCUCCCACCAUGCAGCACUCUCCGGGGCAGAGGCGGACGGGUGCUCGCCCCAGGCCUUGCUCUGUCAUAGAGACCAGUGUUACUAGGGAGACGCAGUCCACGGAGCUGCACCACAGAGCCUUGUCUCGUCCCCCGGGUGUGUCACCGUUAGAGCCCCCACUAAGGGCGUCUCUCCAGCGGUGCCGCUCCCUGCCGCUGCCCCCCAGCACCCUCGCCGCCUUGGCGCGGCUCCUGCCUCAGUCAGACAUGGGUCAGUCGUCAUCGUCGGUGCGUCUACGGUCUGGAGGCUCUGGUAGCUGCCGGAGGAGGAGGCUGUUGAGACCUGGUUCAGAACCGCUGCAGGUCAACAUUUUGAUAAGUGGAGGCUCAAUCGUCAACGCUGAGGCGGUAUGGGACCAUGUGACCAUGGCGGACCGGGAGUUGGCGUUUAAGGCCGGUGACGUCAUCAAGGUGCUGGACGCCUCCAACAAGGACUGGUGGUGGGGCCAGAUUGACGAGGAGGAAGGAUGGUUCCCUGCCAGCUUUGUACGGGUGGAACCCCACCCUCCUCAGCCCCAAACAAAACAGGUUUUCUAUAUCAACCCCAUAGCAACUCCACGGUUCCAAAACACCACAUCAAAGCUGUGGGUGAACCAGGAGGACGGGGGAGUGGAGUCGGCCGAGGGGACUAGCGAGGUGCAGAAUGGGCACCUGGACCCGACCAAUGACUGCCUGUGUCUGGGCUCGCCCCUCCAGAACCGAGACCAGAUGAGAGCCAACGUCAUCAAUGAGAUCAUGAGCACAGAGAGACACUACAUCAAACACCUCAAGGACAUCUGUGAGGGCUACCUGCGCCAGUGCAGGAAGCGUGUGGACAUGUUCAAUGAUGACCAGCUGAAGGUCAUCUUUGGGAACAUCGAGGACAUCUACCGCUUCCAGAUGGGCUUCGUUAGAGACUUGGAGAAACAGUACAACACAGAGGACCCCCACCUCUCUGAAAUCGGACCAUGCUUUUUAGAACACCAAGAUGGUUUUUGGAUCUAUUCAGAAUACUGUAACAACCACUUGGAUGCCUGUAUGGAGCUGAGCAAACUGAUGAGGGAUGGCAGGUACCAGCACUUCUUCGAGGCCUGUCGCCUCCUCCAGCAAAUGAUUGACAUCGCCAUAGACGGCUUCUUGCUCACCCCUGUCCAGAAAAUCUGCAAAUAUCCACUCCAGUUGGCCGAGCUUCUUAAAUACACUGCGCAGGAGCACAGUGAUUAUCGAUACGUGGCAGCAGCGCUGGCAGUAAUGCGGAACGUCACUCAGCAAAUCAACGAGAGGAAGAGGAGGCUGGAGAACAUCGACAAGAUCGCCCAGUGGCAAGCCUCUGUUCUGGACUGGGAGGGAGAUGAUAUCUUGGACAGGAGCUCGGAGCUCAUCUACACUGGGGAGUUGUCAUGGAUCUAUCAGCCGUAUGGACGCAGCCAGCAGCGAGUCUUCUUCCUCUUUGAUCACCAGCUGGUCCUCUGUAAGAAGGAUCUGAUACGCCGGGACAUCCUGUACUACAAGGGCCGUAUCGACAUGGAUCGCUACGAUGUGCGGGACGCCAUAGACGGCCGUGACGACGACUUCAACGUCAGCGUGAAGAACGCCUUCAAAUUGUGCAACAAAGACAGCGAGGAGCUCCACAUCUUCCUGGCCAAGAAGCCGGAGGAGAAGAUCCGCUGGCUCAGGGCCUUCCACGAGGAGAGGAAGAUGGUGCAGGAGGAUGAGAAAAUUGGUUUUGAGAUCUCUGAGUACCAGAAGCGGCAGGCAGCCAUGACAGUGAGAAAGGUGACCAAACAGAAAGGUGAGGCAACAAGAAGAUAUCAGAUCGGAUCCAUGUUCUGGCAGUUAGCUCGGCGCCGUUAAGUGAUUUACAGAGGACUGCGUGGCCCGAUCAGAUUGAUUUGGUUUAUCAAAAAUGUCCCCGAAAGCUGCUGUGGGCGAGAUCCCGCCGUAUGAAAUGUUAGAAAAGAGAGGAUUUACCAAUUUACACACAUCAUGAAGGUUCUUUUGGAAUGUACACAAGUCCAAAUGGUUUGUGAUCAUAUCUUGACCUCAGAUUACAGAAGUACAUUUUGUGUUACUUAUUAUAUCACCUGAUGGACAGUACAUAAUACAGUAUGACAACUUGUGCAAUGUGAUAUAUCAUUAUAUAUCUUCACUAUUCACUACGACGUGAUAUGAAAGAGUUAUAUAUCGUUCUAUGUCAUUUGUUUGCCUUCUUAUAGGCCUUAUAACCUAUUGGAGAAAAAAAAAACCUUAGACUUGCUUUGUAUGUUGUGUAAUUUAUGUUUUUGUUUCAGUAAAAGAAAGUUGAGAAAUGGGUGAGUCGGCUGCUGGUGUCUGUAGAGAUGGCUCCCAGUGAGAUCGUUUUGGAAGAUAAUUCCCCCGGUCUGGCACAGCAAAAAGAUAUGGUUCCCAGGCCAUGAUAACCUCAGGUCCCGUGCUGCGCCCACCCCCAUUCCCUUACUCCACGCCACCACCACCACCACCAACAACAACAUACAGACACAAGCAUGCAGGCAAACACACACAUUAUCAUGCGCACUUGCUGGCCCGUUCUGCUGCGGAGAAGAGAGAUGCUAUCUAACAGUGCCUUCCAGCAUUCCACUAGUGAUUAUCUAUUCAGUUUCACAGGCAGAUUUGAAUUAGUCAUGUAUUUUCCCUUCAGUGUGGGACUUGCAUCUCUCUCUCUCUCUCUCUUUCUUUCUCUCUCUCUUUCUCUCAUGCACACUGGGAAUUCCUCGUUCCCCAGUGCACGAGAUCCACUCGGACAGAAACUUUAGAGGUCAGGCCUUUUUCCAUAUGAGUAGAUACUGUGCUGUCUGACUGAAACACACCUUAUUAUAUUAUAUCACACAACGUACAUAGCGGUAAUUUUAUUGCACAAAAAGAUUCUAAUUUCAGACGUUUAGAAACAUAGAAUUCCUUUAUUGUUACCUAUUUAACAUGCUGAAAGAUCAUUUGAAUAUAUUAUCGUAGGAAACCGAUUUUCAUUAGUCAAAGUUUCACUUUUCAAAGUAUAUUAUUAGCAGUGAGUUAUGAAUCAAAAGAAGAAUCAUCUAUUUUAACCUGUAUCACACUGUAAAUAAUGUAAAAAGAACAGAUCAUAUAUUUGGAUAUUGGUAUUUUGCGUUGGAGACGAAUGUUGUUCCAGUUCUAGCGUGCGGUAGACCUCAGUACCAGGUAAAUGCAUGCUCGUGGCAUCCAAUAUUUUGCAUGAGACUUUAGACAAAUCUUAACAGAUUGUUUAGUUUCAUUUUUAACUUCCAACGGGAUUUUUUUCCACACGGCGGAACCACUCAUCUGUGAACCCAUGCCAUCUCACUAAAGGGAGUUCUUUUCUCUGUCCACCUGUCUCCUGCUCACGACACAUCACAGGUUGUAGCUUCUGUUUUUUAUUUAUUAUAAGUAGAGGUGGGACAUCUUUCCUCACGCUGAUCAUCAAACACUGAACUGUUGAUAGGUGAAAUGAAAGGCACUAAUGCUCUCUUUGCCCAGAUAUAUUGGGUAUUAUAAACUGUAUUCUAAAUCUUUUUUCUUUUCUUUGACUCCAACCUGCACUGUCAUGGUCCAAACUGCUGGUUAUUUUAUUUUAUUUUUUAAUGCCAUUAACCGCUGAAGCAAAACGGGUAUAAUUUUUCUAUGACAACAGUGAACCAAAUAGGAGUUAGCACUGAUCAUGGGUGUUUGUGUAUAGAUUUGUAGUCGAGCAGAAGAGCUGAAUAAAUGCGAAACCUCUCGGGAUGAGCUAAAAAUAAACAUAAUCCUGAAGACACACACACACAGUACUUCAUUGCCAUUCAUAUCACGCUCUUGUUUCUACUUAAGAAAUGAUUCUUUGAAGUACAAUGACUUGACAGUACAAAUUAAUUCCUCACUUGUAUUUAUUGAAUGCAGUAUUAAUUAAAUAGUAACAUUUUGGCCACUGCUAAAAGGAUGUAUAUAUUAAUUUUUCUUAUAUUACUAUCAUUCUGACCUUGUACUGAGAGCUGAGAGGACAGCCUUCUGGUGUGGAAGAUUUCUUUUUUUCUAUUUCCGGUCAUAAAACCAAGACAGCCAAUUUAGCAGACUGUCCAUUGGAUGCAUUAGAUUUAUGUAAUUCCUUUUAGUCCAGGUUAAACGUGAGCCACCAACCGUCACAUUUAGCUUAGCAAAACCUGAACUCCUCUUAGUGUAGUUUCAGAACAGUCAGGGUACAACAGAGUCUUCAACGAGCCAUAUAUCGAUGUGGUGUUCAAUGACAGCAAGGUUAACAGAAGACUGACAUCCUCACUUUUGGAAUCUAUUCAUUGUAUAUUACCAUCUAGUUUCAGGUCUGGAGUUUUUUGCCUAUCACAGAAAAUUUUACUCACAGUAUCCAUAUUCCUUUCGUCACCAUAUGCAAACAUUUGUCAUUUUCUUUCUCGCUGGCCUUUUGAGUUUAUUUGUUGUAGAAAUGAAAAAUAAUGCCUAUUCAAUCCAGAAACUGUGAAUGGGAGAGUGGAGAUGUCAAACUGUAUGUACAUUAUAUGUUUUGAUGUAAUCAGAAGCACUGGGAAUAUGUUGUACUUCGCUGUAAAAAUAAAUCCAUAUCUGAUAUAGCUGUACUUUUGUUGAAAAUAAAACCUCUACAGAA